AUGUUCAUUUACGUUAGAUGUGAGGAAAAAAAUGUUAAAACUGAAUGUAAACCAACUGAUGAUAUUAAGGAACUUAGAAAUAAAAUAGCAGAAAGAUUAGGAAUAAAAUAUUCACCAGAGAAGCAAAGACUAUUUUUUGGUGGAAAACAGCUCGAAAACGGUCAUACACUCUUUCAUUAUGGAAUCAAAAACACUAACACCGUGUUACUUUUUCAGCAAGAUCCGAUUAAACAAAAAGUAACUAAACUUGAUAACAAUAUUUCUGUUAAAAUACCUAUCGUAGCAAUAGUAGAAGAAACAAUACCACCA